GCGGGCGGCGCCUCCCGGCGCGGAGCCGGGGCGGCCCUUCCCGUCGUCGCUCGCCGCCGCCGCAGCAUGAGCGGUCCGGGGCUGCCGGGUCCCGGCGGCGGCUCGGGGCUGCCGCCGCUGCCCAAGAGCUUGAGCGGGCUGCUCAACUCCUCCUCCUCCGGCGGCGGCGGCCAGGGCGGGCGCUGGCGGGACCUGGAGCGGCUGUACGCGCAGAAGUCCCGCAUCCAGGACGAGCUGAGCGGCGGCGGCCGGGGCUCGCCGCGGCCCCCCAAGCCUCCCAACCUGGACGCGGCGCUGGCCCUGCUCCGCAAGGAGAUGGUUGGCCUUCGGCAGCUAGAUAUGUCGUUACUGUGUCAGCUCUACUCCCUGUAUGAGUCAAUUCAAGAAUAUAAAGGUGCCUGCCAAGCUGACUCUAACGCAGACUGCACGUAUGCUAUGGAAAAUGGCUUUUUUGAUGAAGAGGAGGAAUACUUCUAGAGAGAAGAAGAUUACUUUCCAGGCUGGCCUAGGUUCCUUUGUCCUUCUCUCCCUGUACUACACAUCACUAAGAAUGACUGGAAUCUCUACGGAUCUCUCUUCCUGAGGAGGAACACCCAGCUACCCCAACUGGUGUUAAAUUCACUUAUUUUAACAGGCUGUCAGUACAAGUUACUCAUGCAAAUACCACUUGAGCAAAGUGCUGUACUAUAACUUUUGAAGAGUUCUCAAACAUGUUUGACAAGAGUUUUCAGUUUAAUUUGCAAGGUGGGUGUUUUCAACUUACAAAUAUCGGUAGCUUAUAACUGGAAUUUUGACCAUAGAAGACAGCAGUGACUUCCUGAGUUGUAAUAACUUCUUAAGGGGGGGAGGGAAGCCUCCGCUGUGGUGUAAAUAGCUGUGAUUUUUUUUUUUGUCAACAGUAUUGAUAAAUGCAUUUUGAACAGGUAUCUGGAUGGACGCACAUCCUCAGCUCUGUUAAGCUAGUUCUGCUCUUAUCAGCUGCAUCCAGUUUUGUACUGGGUGGAUUGUUUACACAGUUUAAUUUUUUUCUUCUUAAGCUAAUUUUGACUUUUCCUUAUACCGAGCUUACAAGCUGUACAUGUGACAGUGAAUGCUAUCAGCAGUUUUUUUUCCUGUUGAUCUAAUUCACUUUCUUGGUACUGCCACUUGGCAUUAACUUUUAUACUAUUGUCUGGAUUUCUCGCAUAAACAUAGUUCUUUGACCUGCUACACUCUGUUCUCAAAUGGUUUGCUUAGCUUUUGCUAUACUGGAUAGUAAAAGCACCGGUUCAAACAUAGUUUGUCUGCCACUAUGUGGCUUGGAAAUAACGUGAACUCUUGUGCAAGUGUUCUCGAUCAUAUGAAGAAUAAGGAAACCUCUCAUAUGACAAAAUGGGACAAAUUGCAAUAUUUUAUACUGGGUGAACUUUGUUUCUGUAAGGUAGACUACAGCUCUUUUUAAAAAUGCAAAAUAAGUAUUUUGAGCACAUACUUUGCAUACGUUAAAACUUUUUAUACUAACUUGUUCUUUGAAGUAUAACUUAUUUUUGUUUUCAGAACUUACUAAAGCACUCAGUUUUUUUAUUUCGUGGUGUGUACCUGUAAUGCUUAAUUAGCUUGGAAUAUAUGAGUUGCCACUAUCUUACUCUUCCCCCAACUCUGUUUUAAAUAAAAUCAGCUCCCAAAGCAAGUUUUUCAUUUCUUAACUUUCAUUUUAAAGAUUGCUGUAAAUCACAGUGCCUGAAUCUUGACACAAGCUAAUAAUUAAGGGCUUAAAUCUCAAAGGGUUUUUGCAUGGUUUAUGUCUGGCAUGCAUACAGUUUACAGAAAGAAUUGGAGACAAAUUCUGGGGUAGUUCCUCUUUUAGUUUUUAGCAAAUGCUAGGAUGUUGCAGUGAUAAAAGCAAAGAGACUUCCAGGGUGGAGUUCUUGUGCAUUCUCUCUAAAACUGGCUUCUUUCAGUAGAAUUUAAUGGCCACAAGAGUAAAGACUGUGUUGUAAUUGUGUAUGUGCUUAAGCUCUUAAACUAGUCUGUGAAAAUGGUUGGAUUUUUUUGUUGUUGUUAAUUCUGGUCUAAUUACUUCACUCACAAAACUAAAAUGAAAAGGCAAACACAAAUAAUCCAAAUGGCUACAUCCGUAUUUAAAAUGUGUGCGUACACAUACACAUGAGCAUACAACUUCAUGCUUUGACCUAGGAAUGUAUCAAUUUUGAAUAUAAUUUGCUGUGCUUUUGGUAUUUAUAUGAGGCUUUUUCUAGUCUGUUGAAAUACUGCUAUUUUCUUGCUCUUUCCCAAAAAAAUAAAAGCAUGAUGCUUAGCAUUACA